AGAACAGCUUCCGCUUCGUCGCUGGAAGUGACAUAAUUAUGUAAACAGGAGCUGCCACAACAUUUCUGUUAGUGUUAUUGUUAAUAUAAUUACCAACAAAAGGCACGUUUCGGUAAAAUAUUCAGACUUGAUGCGUAUUGUGUGACGCCUGCAUCAGGGAGCCGCUGAAGGGGCAUUUGUUUUUCAUGGGACGGCUGUGACUGUCCUGAGAUGUUCACAGACAUGGAAUACGAGCUGGAGGAGGACAAACUAGGUAUACCGACCGUACCCGGCACUGUGACUCUGAAGAAAGAUGCUAACAAUCUUAUCGGCAUCAGCAUUGGUGGUGGAGCUCAGUACUGUCCUUGUCUCUAUAUUGUCCAGGUCUUUGAUAACACGCCAGCAGCUCUGGAUGGGACGCUGGCAGCAGGCGAUGAAAUCACGGGUGUCAACGGGAAAACAGUGAAAGGAAAAACAAAGGUGGAAGUGGCCAAGAUGAUUCAAUCUGUCCAGGGAGAGGCUGUUAUCCACUACAACAAACUGCAGGCUGAUCCAAAACAAGGGAAAUCUUUAGAUAUCGUGUUGAAAAAAGUAAAGCAUCGCCUAGUGGAGAACAUGAGCUCGGGUACCGCCGAUGCUCUUGGACUCAGCAGAGCUAUUCUAUGCAACGAUGGCCUGGUCAAAAGACUGGAAGAGUUGGAGAAAACAGCUGAGCUUUACAAAGGACUGAUGGAGCACACAAAGCGGCUGCUCAGAGCUUUCUUCGAACUUUCUCAAACUCACAGAGGGUUUGGCGAUGUAUUUUCUAUCAUCGGUGUGAGGGAGCCGCAGGCUGCAGCCAGCGAGGCUUUCGUAAAGUUUGCCGACGCUCACCGAAACAUCGAGAAAUAUGGAAUUCAGCUGCUAAAGACCAUCAAGCCUAUGCUCCAUGAUCUGAACACAUACCUCCACAAGGCCAUACCAGACACCAAGCUCACCAUCCGCAAGUACCUGGAUGUUAAGUUUGAAUAUCUGUCCUACUGCCUCAAGGUGAAGGAAAUGGAUGAUGAAGAAUACAGCAGCAUUGCCAUGGGAGAACCGUUGUAUCGUGUGAGCACCGGGAACUACGAGUACCGCUUGGUACUGAGGUGCAGACAGGAAGCUCGGGCCCGCUUUGCUAAGAUGAGGAAGGACGUUUUGGAGAAGAUCGAGUUGUUGGAUCAGAAACACGUUCAGGACAUCGUGUUCCAGCUGCAGCGCUUUGUCUCAGGCAUGUCCCAUUACUACGACGACUGCUACGCCGUCCUGAAGGAGGCGGACGUGUUCCCCAUUGAAGUGGACCUGUCCCGCACCACCAUCAACUACAGCAGCCAGUCGCUCUCGUACACCGAUGAGGACGAGGAGGAGGAGGAGGGAGGAGGAGGCGGAGGAGAGGAGGGAGGGAGCACGCAGGCAGAGAACGGCACGGAGAAGCUGGUCGAUGAUGAAUGAAUGUGUGUGUGUGUCAUUUAACAGCCCGUGCAUUUAUCACGAGCACUCGGUUUUAUCCAGUGGAAUAUAGCAGCUGGAACGGUUGAUGCCGUUGAAACGAAGAUGGAAAUGACGUUGUGCUACUUUUACUGUGUUUUAUUAUGUCAAAAUUUGACCCAACCAUUUAUUUAAACCCAUUUUCUUGCGUUUUGCAUAUUUCUUUCCUCACUGAUGCAACUUCACAACAAUGGGUGAUUUUAUUUUAAUUCUUUGCGUGUUUACUACUUCAGAGUGGGAUCUUUAAGCUGGGGGUGUGCCUUUUUUUUUUUUACUCUGUCUUGAAGUCUCAUGGGUUUUUGGUGUUUGUCAGUCAAUAUGAAAUUGAAUGUUGUAACUUUAUUUACUAUAUUAUUCUAUUUGCUGCACACAUAUUUGCUGCAACCUAUUGAGCUACCUUACUUUUUUUUUCCAAACCAUAAGUUUAUUAAUUUAAAAAUCCCAUAGUUUGCAAGAUAUCAGUGUUUCGCCGAAAGAUACACACCCCUACAACAUGAAAAGGGUUGUUUUAUCUGGCUAAUACAUAUGCAUUUAGGGGAAGUUGCAUUGAUUUACCACACAUUCCAGCUGUAGAAUUUGUUGCAAAUAUUAAGCCAGGUUUACUCUCAGAAUAUUGCAUUAAGGUAAGAUUAUACUUUUUCCAUAUUAAAUUCCACUGCAAAUAACGCUGCUUUUACAUUCCUUAUGCUAAAAACAUGCAGGUAAUUUUGCUGCAUGAAAACUCAAGUGCACAUACAACCCCAGAGAGCUUUACUGCGCUCUUACCACUACAAGAAAAUAAAUGUUACAGUCCCAGUAAUGUUAUGUAUCGUAUCAUAACCACUUUAUUGUGAUUUUUUUUUUCUGAAAUUAUAUUUAAAAGUUGUAAAAAGUCAGAUUUAUUCUUAAUGAAGGGAAAUCUAAUCCAAUAGUUAUAUCAUGCUUCAAUGUGUUCUACUGUAAAUGGCCACUGGGGGGCAGUAAUGCAUCAUGUUUCUCCUCACUACUGGAAUAGAAACCGUGAGGUUUGUGUUGAAGUACAUCGUUUUAUUUGUGUUUCGUUUGUUUUCUGUAACCCGAAGAAGUAACUUUUUACAUAUUUAUGCACUCUAGCACCAGUGGAAGGUUAAACGCAUACAAACAUAAAUUAUCUACUUUGAGUGGAACAUAUUUUAUUAUUUGAGACGGUUAAACUAUCCUUUCUAAUUCAGUUUUUGCUUCUUUUUUUUUUUUUGUCUCUGAUUGUACUGAAGCAAUGUCCGAGAAUUUGUGAAGAUGGAAUACAUUAAAAUUAUUUAAAAUA